CUACAAAUCAUUUUGUAGCAUCAAUGUUGGAUAAACAAGCAAUACAAAAGGCAGUAAAAUUGUGCGACUCGUGCCAAUUAAACAAAGAAAGUACAAAAGCGAAAAGCUGGUGUACGAUUUGUGAGGAGGCGUUCUGUGAACAAUGCGAAAAAUAUCACAAACACUUUAAGAUGUCAGCAAGACAUAAACUUCUAAACAUUCAAGAAAUGAAGUUCGGUGAUACACCUUUUGAAGUAUGGGAGGUAUCAAGCUGUGACGAACAUCCAGGGAAGAUCAUAGAAUUUUAUUGUUUAGACCAUUCUCAGCCAUGUUGCACAUCAUGCGCUACACUUUCACACCGUAAAUGUGAAAAUGUGACUUCAAUCCAAAAAGCCGCUUCCGGUAUCAAACAGUCAACGAGAGCAUCGGGUUUAUCACAAAAAUUAAGAGAGCACGUUAUUCAGAUAGGUGAAAUUAUUGAUGAUCGAAAUAAGAAUUUAGCUGAUGUUUCGAUUUCAACAGAGGAGAUUAAGACAAGAGUGGCUGAUAUAAAAACUGAAAUUUUAAAGCAUAUAGAUCGAAUAGAAGAAAUCCUGUUAUCCGAGUUGACCUCAACCAAGAAGCAAGUUGGAAUAGAAUUAAAAGACGAAGUAGGUGUUCUUUCUUCUUACAGGAGCGCCGUUAAAAAAUGGAAAACAGUGAUAGACAGUGUUCUAGAAUAUGGGUCCGAGGAGCAAUGUCUGAUGGAAAUGAAUAAAAUAGAACCUAAAAUCUCAGAACUUGAACAAGAAAUUGAAGAUUUGGUGAAAACAAUAAAGAGUGUAUCAGUUGUUUUUAGUCCUUCUUCCCCCAUUACAGAUUUUAUCAAGAAUGCCCAGACGUUUGGAAGAAUUAAAGUUGAUAAAUCCGCUGUUAGUUCUUUGAAUGGUAACCUUGAGAUGAAAGUAGACAAAGUCGACUUCCGCACUUGA